AUGGUGACCACUGGAGGGCCUACUAAUGCCCUGGCUGAACAGAUUCCACCUAGUACACCCGCAUCGCUUCGAACGAUUAACCCCAAUGUGGGUGGUCGCGCUGUUGGGAAAACAAGUUCAAACGAGUUGAGACCGGAAAAAGCGGUCUCAAAAUCCAUUGCAUCCGAGCUGAGUGAAUGUAUUCGUUCUAAUAUACCCAAGUCGAAGACGAAGAAAAACAUUACACCUAUACCUGAAGCUUCGGAAAAACAUGAUUCGGAAGAAGAUGAUUCGGAAGAAGAAGAUUCAGAAGAUGAGGAUGAAGAUAAGAAGAUAGGCGAGCUUCUUAAAAGUUCUACAUCAACUAAACCUCAUGGACCAUUACAUGGUUUGACGGGAGCUAAGGCAAAGUUUGAAUGGAAGCAAACCCAUGAAGACGCUUUUCAGUUACUAAAACAGAAGAUUUCAAAAGCACCAUACAUGAUGGAAGAAGUUGGUGAUAACCACUUUGUAACUUCUCCAGAAAAAAGUUUCGAAGUUAACAAGCCUGAGGCUAAUGCGCACGAGGAGGUGAUGGACAAAAUCGACCUCCCACUUCGCGAAGUUGGUCGUGUUAUACAAGGGAUGUCCAUUCUGCAUCUGCGUAUUGCCAGGGGACGUAUUUGUGCCCUUUCAGCUGCAAUCGAUAUGGAGGCAUGA